AGCCCCACCUCCGGGUCCCCCGGUGUUCCAUCCGGGCCCACGUUCCAUCCAGCGGCGGGCGGCGGGAGGCCGCGGGAGGCGGUGGCGGCGACCUCACGCCCCGCCGAGACCCAGGCCCGCGCGUGCCCGCCGCCAUCGGAGACAGACAGCGCGCGCGCUCCCCGGGGGCUGCCCUCCCCCCGCGCGCGUCAGUCCCGGGCUCGCGCCGCCGCCGCCGCCGCCGCCGCCGCCGCGCGCGCGCAGCUCAAGUAAAGGAGGAAAAAAAAGGGGGAAAAAAUAGAAAGCGGCGGCGGCUGCAGCAGCGAUCCGCCGCCGAACGGGUCCAGGCCGGGAGGCGGGCGCGCGAACCGGCGAUCUAGGGGAGAGGCGGCGGCCAUCCAGAGCGGGCCUUGUUAAAAUAAGUCGCGGCGGCGGCGGCGGCUGCUCAGGGAAGGAGGCCCGAGGGCCGCGUGCAGCGGGCGGGGGGCGGCCGCGCUGAGUCCCGGAGCCUCCGGCAGCCCGGAGUCGGCGGGCGGGCGGAGGCGGCGGCGGCAGGAGGAGGCGGCGGCUGCAGGAGCGACGGCGGCGGCGGCGGCGGCAUCUCCUCCUCACAUGACCCCACUGUUUGUCCCCGUGAUCAGCGCGAGCGGCUCCCGUGUCUCCUCCGUCCCCUCCUGCCGCGCGGCGUGAGCGCCGGGCUCGGGGCCCCCCCGGCCGCCCGCCCCCUCCCCUCCCUCCCUCCCCCCUCCCCUCCCCCCCCGGGCCCCGCGCCCCCCCCGCCCCCACCCCCCCCAUGGACAUGCUGGACCCGGGUCUGGAUCCCGCUGCCUCGGCCACCGCUGCUGCCGCCGCCAGCCACGACAAGGGACCCGAGGCCGAGGAGGGCGUCGAGCUGCAAGAAGGCGGGGACGGCCCUGGGGCGGAGGAGCAGACGGCGGUGGCCAUCGCCAGCGUCCAGCAGGCGGCGUUCGGUGACCACAACAUCCAGUACCAGUUCCGCACAGAGAAUAAUGGAGGACAGGUGACAUACCGCGUAGUCCAGGUGACUGAUGGUCAGCUGGACGGCCAGGGCGACACAGCUGGCGCCGUCAGCGUCGUGUCCACGGCUGCCUUUGCGGGGGGGCAGCAGGCUGUGACCCAGGUGGGCGUGGACGGGGCAGCCCAGCGCCCUGGCCCCGCCGCUGCCUCUGUGCCCCCAGGUCCCGCAGCACCCUUCCCGCUGGCUGUAAUCCAAAAUCCCUUCAGCAAUGGUGGCAGCCCAGCAGCGGAGGCUGUCAGUGGAGAGGCCCGGUUUGCCUAUUUCCCCGCAUCCAGUGUGGGAGAUACCACUGCUGUGUCCGUGCAAACCACCGACCAGAGCUUGCAGGCUGGAGGCCAGUUCUAUGUCAUGAUGACACCCCAGGAUGUGCUGCAGACAGGAACACAGAGGACGAUCGCACCCCGGACACACCCCUAUUCCCCAAAAAUCGACGGAACCAGAACACCACGGGAUGAGAGAAGGAGAGCUCAGCACAAUGAAGGAUUAUUGCUGUUUUUCCUGCAGUGGAGCGGAGGCGGAGGGACAAGAUCAACAACUGGAUCGUCCAACUUUCAAAAAUCAUUCCAGAUUGUAAUGCAGACAACAGCAAGACAGGAGCGAGUAAAGGGGGCAUCCUGUCGAAGGCCUGCGAUUACAUCCGGGAGCUACGCCAGACCAACCAGCGCAUGCAGGAGACCUUCAAGGAGGCCGAGCGGCUGCAGAUGGACAACGAGCUCCUCCGGCAACAGAUCGAGGAGCUGAAGAAUGAGAAUGCCCUGCUUCGAGCCCAGCUGCAGCAGCACAACCUGGAGAUGGUGGGCGAGAGCACCCGGCAGUGACGCCCGCUCCCACCGUGCAGCCGCCGCCGGCCUCUGCUGCCCCCUCCCCCAGCCCUUAGCACAGAGAGGGACAGACGCCCCUCCCCCAGCUGCGUUUUUUAUAGUAGAUUUUUAACAAAAACGGGGAGAAAUAAUGCAUUUCUGUGGAUACAUUGCCCACCGCCCUCCUCAACUUGGGACCCUGUCUGUUGGUCUCCCCUCCUCUGGCCCUCACCAGGCCCCGGCGCUUCUAGUGGUCUCACCUGGGGGCGAGAGGGAAGACAGAGGCCCUGCUGCUUCCCGCUGCUUCCUUGGUCUCUAGAGGUGCUGAGACAGGGUGCUUAUGGGAAGGAGGGAGCCUUGGGGGGGCCGUCCCUGGGGCCUGGACCUAAGCAGGGAGGCCAUGUCCCACCUCACCUCUUGUUUCUGGAUCCCUGCUCCCUCUGGGGUGUGUGUAUGUGUGUGCGCGUGUGCGUGCGUGCGUGUGUUUGUGUGUGUGUGUGUGUGUGUGUGUGUGUGUGUGUGUGUUAAUUUUCUUUAUGGAAAAAUGGACAAAAAAAAUAGAGAGAGAGAGGUAUUUAACUGCAAUAAACUGGCCCCUGUGGCCCCCGCCUUGUC